AUGAUGUCUAUUCGCACCGAGAACACAUAUGAUAGUCUUGAUGGUCGUGAUGAUAGCGAUGAUGGUAAUUCAGUUCUCUCACCCGUGGAUCAAGAUGAGUCGGCUUUGUAUCAGGGCACAACAACAGGUGAUGAAGACAACGAUAGCGAUGGCGGUGCUUGGUUCUUUGUCCACAAGUAUGGCACACGAUCGACGAGUAAUGGCAAUCCUACGAUCCACUGCUUGGUGCGUAACUGUGGCAAGCAUAUAGCCAGCAAGUACUCGUCCACCUCUGGAUUCACCAGGCAUCUUGCUACCCAUGGUAUCAAAAAGGAUGUUGGUCCUCACAUCAAGAGCGGCGAAAAACGUAGUGGCCCUUUGGACACGUUUGUUCAUGGAAAACCUGCUCGCAGCUUCCAGGUAGAAGAGUUCCAUCGUCUGUUCGUCAGGUUUUUGGUGUCCAGCAAGUUGCCAUUUACGACCUGUGAGAAUGCAGCAUUGCAGGAACUUCUUGACAUGGCACGCAAUGCACCAACGGCAGCAGCUGUGCAACUCCCUUCGGCGAGUACCUGUACGAGAAAAACCGAUGCUGAAUUUGAAAUGGCUGGCGAUCAAUUGAAGGAAAUGUUCAGGAAGGUGCCAGUCGUGUCAUGCACAUUGGAUGGUUGGACAAGCCCGUUCAAUCAAUCAUUCCUUGCGGUAACUGCCCAUUGGAUCGACAAGGCUACGUGGACUUUGAAGGAGGUGAUAAUCGGCUUUGAGCCCGUCAAUGGACCACAUACGGGUGAAAAUCUGGCAGCCGUUUUCAUUGACGUCCUUGAGGAGUUCGAUCUCGGCAAGAAGCUCUUCACGGUCACCACCGACAACGCAUCCAAUAUGACAACCAUGGUAAGGCAUGUCGUGGAUUAUGGCAAGCAAGAAUCGAAACAAUGGCCUUUUCGCUUGCGCCAUCAUAUUCCUUGCAUUGGCCACAUCUUCAAUCUUGCCGUCCAAGCCAUCCUCAAAACUGGGUUGAGAGCACAGGCACCCGGACAAUGCAUCCUUAAGAUUCGCUCCUCACCACAGAGGUACGCCACGUUUGAGCGCAAGCGACCUGCCAUGGAGUGUCCGCCACUGAAUCUUACGCUGGACGUUCGUACACGCUGGAAUUCGACGUACGACAUGUUGAAUCGUGCUGUCAAGUUGAAGGAGGCUUACAUGGCGAUGACGGCACCUGGAUCAGAGCUUGAGGAGUUCGCAUUGUCGUCAUCAGAGUGGCUACGUAUACAGGAGAUCAUUGAGGUACUAUAUCCAUUCGAGGAGAACACGACGAGGUUGUCAGCAAGCAGGUCCCAUGCCUCAGUCAACAUGACGAUCCUGUGCUAUAAUCGAAUCAUGGAUGCACUUGAGAAGAUCGAGGCCAAGUCCAAGGAUCCUGAAAUCAGGCGUGCCGUUAGCUGUGGUAUCAAGAAGAUGGUGCAAUAUUACAGCCAUACUGAUAUGACCGAAGUGUACGCUGUUGCAACGGCUCUCGAUCCACGAAUGAAGUUCAAGUGGUGGAAACGUCAUGGUUGGGAGAAGAAGUGGCGUGAUAUCAGUGAGAAUAUGGUACGCGAUGCAUGGAGUAGGUUUUCUGGUGUGGUAUCGAUUGAUGACGAAGUCAAUGAGAGAGCGCAAGAACUCCAGGAGCUCUUUUUGACCGAGCUUGAAACAGACGAGCUUUCGGAGUAUAUUGGCCAGCCUAGAGUUGCCCCCAUGGUGAAUCCUUCAAAAUCCGACGAGCUUAUCUUCUGGGAGGUCAAUCAAGCGCAUUGGCCAAACUUAGCUGCUAUGGCAGCUCAAUAUCUGGCAGUGCCUGCUACGUCGACUCCUUCUGAACGAUGCUUCUCAGCAACACGUCUACUCCUCCCCCAUGUUCGCAAUCGCCUUUCUCCUUCAACGAUCAAGCGGCUAAUGUUGCUGGGUUCUUGGCUGGACAUGAAGCUCCAUGUAUAG